GAGCCAAGAGCUUCUAGCUCUCCGACAUAGUCUCGAUGAGCACAAGAAGGAGCUUUCAAAGGCUAACUCGGCCCUCAGCCGAAGCAAGAAAGCCAAGGAGGUGGAGAAGCUUAUGGUGGACAAUGAAGUGCUUCAGCGCAAACUGCAAAGCCAGGAGGAUGAGUUCAGGCUGCAGAACCAGACGCUUAUGCAGGAGCUGUCCGUUACGGUCACCGCGAAUGAGGCGCUGGAAAGGAAGCUGGAGGAGCUUCAGGGUGUGCGGCCACCCAAGAGAAGUCCGGAGCCUUGUGACCAAAAGUCCGUCGAUGAGAUACGCCGCCUUCAGGCAGAAAAUCUGGCCCUACAGAAGUCGCUUGCAGAACUCCGAGGAAGCACAAAUGGGCUGCUACCUGCGCCCGAUCACCCACUCAUGGUUGAUGGUGAAGACGGCCUGUCCGAAGAAGUAGACCAGAGGGCGCUAGAUGCUAAACUUCGACUUAACAUUGAGAUAGAAGAGAAGAACAUGCUUAGGAAACAAUUGUCCGAAAUAGAGGAAAAAUUAAAGGAAGUGACCGAGAAUAUGGAAGAUGAAAAUGAAAAAUUGAUGGAGAAAUUAAAACGGAAGCAUGAAAGCUUUCUUCAGAUCCAGCAAGAAAAGGACAAGGUGUUUUCUGACAGCAAGAAGGCCUUGGAGACGAUGCAGGUGACCAAGGACCGCGAGAUCCAGCAGCUGAAGGAGAUGACUCAGCGCCUCCAGAGCCAGCUGAACAGUGCCCUAGUCUCCCAGCAGGACCACCAGACUGUUAGCACCACCACCAUUCAGCAGCUCGAAGAAACCGUCACUGCACUUGAGACUAAGUUGAACAAUGUGUCUCCGGAACGCCUGCAACAAGCCCUUGCCGAGAAGGCGUCCUUAGAGAUGCUCCUUCGAGAAACUACCGAAAAGUGCGAGCAGGCCGAUGCACGGGCUCAGAGCCUUCUUAAAAUGAACGAGGAGAUGGGGUCCAAGAUAACUGCCAUGCAAAAUACCAUUGAUGGUUUGGAGGAUGCUUCACGGAGCAGUGCCAUUGCAGCCUCAGAGGCCAACAAGGUGGCUGAGAAACGCAAGGCCCUGGUGGAGGAGAUGGGCGCCCACCUGCUUGAAGAGGAGGCCAAGCACCGGCAGGCCGUGCAGGAAUUGGAGCUGCACUUCCAAGAGAAACUCAACCAGCUCAAUGAGGCCUUGCUGGUUGAACAGGAACGCUCUGCAAAGGCAGCCGAGAAUGAGGCAGCCCUGGCAAUGUACAAACAGCUGCUGCCUUCCCUCAAGGAAGAAGUUGUGCAGCUGCGAGCGGAGGCACAAGCACGCGUGGACGAGCUGCAGGCAGCCAUUGAGACGUCUCGGCUAGAGCUGGACGAGUGCCGAGCGCGCCUGUCCCAGGACUACAGCAAGCUCAAGGAACAGCUGGACGACGCGAUUAGGGACCUGACCAUCCAACUGGAGAUCUCAAACAGCCAAAAGUGUGAGUUUGAGGAGGAAGUGAAAAGGCUGAAGCAGGAAAUAAAGGACAGUGUGGAGGAGCGCAAAAUUCAAGAUAAGAAGGGCCUGUCAAUGGUGAAGGAGCUGAAGAGGCAGCUUCAAACAGAGCGAAAGCGGGCUGAUAAACUGCAAGAAAGGCUACAGGAAAUUCUCAACGAUACCAGCCUGGGACGAUCUGAUGACUUGUUCCAGCCAAUCAGCUGCGAGGAGCGACAGCGAGGGGACUCGAGCAGCAUUGGGUCCUGGAGCUACGUGUCUGCCAACAACGAGAACUCCAAGGACAGCACCAACAACAACAGCAACGGAGCAUUGUCAUUGAAUGGAGAGCAGGCUCCCCCGCCUCCCAACAAGGCAUCCCCUGGCCUCCUGGAGCAGGAGAACAAUGACCUGGUCAGCCGGCUGGCGGCCCUGCAGGAGGAGAAGUGGAUCUUAGAGGAGAAGAUAAACCACCUUGAAGUGAGCAAUUCCUCCAUGGCUGAUGAUUUGGUCAACAAGACAGCAAUCAUCCAGUACUACUGUAUGGACAGCAAGUAUGAGCCAACCUCGGGCAGCCACCACCCAUCGUCCACAGAAAAGCUGACCGUCAAGCGACUAGUGGACUUCAUCAAGGACAAAGGGGAUGAGAACCUCAAAGAGAUCAACCGCCGCAUGCAGCGAAUGCUUGAGGAGACGCUGACCAAGAACAUGCAUUUGCAGAAGGACUUGGAGGUCAUUUCUCAAGAGUUGCACAAGCUGAGGCAGGCCGGCGGGCUGGCGGAGGCCACCCUCUGAACUUAUUUUGAGCCUCUGUUUUGAAGGCCAUAAUCAAAACGGUGACCUUAUACAUAGUGUUAAUGGUUUUUGUAAAUAGGUUUUGUAAACAUGUCAGCCCUUUAAUAACUGAUGCAGGAAUAGAAUCCCUCUCUCUGCCCUUUUUAUUUUUAAGAAGGCAAAGAGGUUUGAAGAUUGCAAGAGUUGGGCAAAGCUGCCCUUGAGGUAGCGCGUGCAGUUGAUGAUGACACUACUGCACAUUUCAAAGUAGGUCCCCUUGCUGGCAGUGCGGUUUCUGUAUCUGUUUUUAAGUUAAGCAAGGUUCUUACAUACAUUCUUUUGCUUUCUUCAGACACCCAAAAGGCUUCCAUUACAGAAGUAACACACACGGUUGGCCAAGAAAGCUUACGGUACACAAGUUGCACGACAAAUGUGAAUUUUCGCUCUGUUAAGGCAUAGCCUUCGCAAUUUAAUGGAUCGCCAUGUAGAUUACAAACCAUACUACAGAUUAAAAUUUUGAAGUUACGGUUAUGUGCCCAAGAUUUGUGGGAAUUCCGCAUUUUUUGCAAAUCCCUUGCCCUGUAAAUGUUUGUGGCUAACUGUACUUCCUAUGUAUUGUAAUAGUACCUCUUGUCUGGAUUCUGCUGAAAGAAUUUGUUAUAGAAGAACAUAGUACAUUCUUUAUAGCUUGUGGCAGAGAUGUCGGGGUGUUAAAGUUUGUUUUCUCUGAUUUUGAUCUUGAUAGUCAAACCUUAAAAUAAGAAGGAAAGUGCUGGAUGUUGCGAUAUGUACAAUAUUGUAGUCAUUCUAUGGUGUGGGAGCUUUUGUAACUGUGAGGCAGGUGUUGUUGCACAGUACAGUCCAUGUUUAAUUGCUGAGUGACGUUGCACAACCUGGUCUCGCUUUUGAUAGUAUGAGCUCAUCUCAGUCUCUCUGCAUGCAAAAUAUUUUGUGUCUUCAGGCUUCUGGGCUUAGCGGUUAAAUGUGGCACAUUGUCUUCCGGAACACACGCAACUGCUGUAAUCUUGCUGCUUGUAACUAUGGCUCUCAUAUUUCUAUGCCAAUUCUUGGCCUUAUGCUUGAGGCAAGCUGUGCACAUUUAAAGCUUUAGUCCACAUCAUGAGAGCCCCUGUAGGUCUGUAUGGUUGCAAGGGUUUAAUGAUGUAGCACCACUGCGACACUGUAGGUGCUCCUGGUGGCCACCGAAAGAGUAAUGCUUCAGCAGUUGAAGAUUCACUAUCCAAUUUUUGAUCUUUUAAUCAGGCAUGGACUUACUAGGGUACUUAGUGGAAGCAUUUACAGCAGACUUCCGUUAAUUUGACUAUGGUUAAUUUGACGCCUAUUGAAGGUCCCUGCUGGGACCUUCACGAUUUUCGUUAUUCCUAUCCUAAAAUUUGCCUUCGAACUUGACCAAUCAGCAUGCCGUGCCUGAACCCUAUGGCGACCCUAAUGCUGAUUCCUUUCCUGAGAGUAUCUGUAUUCGCAGAGCUUAAGGGACAGUGAAUGUAUUGAACACUCAACAUCUCCAAUCGAAAGUGCCUAUUUUCCGGACUGCCCUAGGAAGAUUUUCAAGCAAUAACUGUAGUUCGCAAUGUUUGAUUACGAUAUUUAACCAAUUCUAACGCGCGCUUAUAUUCUUUCCGAAAAAAGCCGAAAACCACCAUUGAGGCUUUCCGAUGGUUUGCCGUAUAACACGGUUGUAAUGCGACAAAGCUAACUUUAAGAAACCGUGCAGCGAAGCUGACUCAAGAAAACUGGCUGCCCUUGUACAAUACAUCUUAAAACAUUUGCCUUCUUUCUUUCUAAAAUAUCGGGUACGCAUUUGAUUUAUGCUUGGUUUAGGAGCUUUAUUGUUAUCGCUACGUUUUCUUACGUUGGACACACAGAAAGCAGCCGCACGCUUGAUUCAGAGGUGUGUUGGAAUCGGUCAAAUACUGCCUAAUGAAUCAACGGUGUUUUUUCUGCAUCCUGUUUAAUUCGACCUGCUGGAUAAUUCGAUAGUUCUUGUUGGUCCCGGCAGUGUCGAAUUAACGGAAGUCCACUGUAUAGUUAAACCUCAUUAUAAUGAAGCUGGAUUGGACACGAAAAUAUCUUCAAUAUAUAUUAUGUUCAUUAUAUGUUCCAUACAUGUUAAUAUUGGCGAGUAACAUUUUGCGUUUACUUUGUUAUAUCGUGCUCAUUGUGCAUCAUAUUCAGCAUGCAAAACAGAAGAUGAUUUCACCUUGAAGAUUUCCUGUGUGUUAGCGCUGUUCAUUCUUGAUGUACAAGCUUGGCAGAUACAUUUUCUUUCUUUAUGGUUGCUUAAAAACAAAAAAUACGGAGAGAUUCUAAGCAUCAGCUUGUGGCACCAUUCUUCAGCAGUAUUGUUCACUGCAAAUAGUGUUGUACAUAAUGCAUCACUCGUCCUGUGCCCGACUGGCAAGUGGUCUGAUUUUAUCUGAAAGCUGCGUUUCAGAGAUGCUUCUGUUGCUCUGUCUCACGAGAUUAAAUGAAUGUGUGAAGUUUUUAUUUGACAGUAGCAUGGCAAAGAUGCUUCUAUUUCUUAGCGCAGGGACUAUUAUGGAGCUUCACGCAAUCAUAUUUGAAACUGGAACUGCAAGCAUGCCUCUGCUCUUCGUUUCUUCCUAUGCACAUUUUGUACAGUGAGCUUUUUUUUUCUUUUUGUCCUUGUGGUUAUCUUGUUUUAUGGCUUACACCUAUAACAAGCGGCUAUGUUUUGUACAUAUGUGUCUUCUGCGCAAGUUUCGAAACCUCGAAACAUAUAAACGAUAUUUUGUGCAAUAGUUGGUGCACUUGUAUGGGAGAGUUGUGUGUAUGUAUGUUUACAUUACCUAGCAAGUGCAACAGUCGCUGCUUUUCCAUCUGUAAAUAUGCGGCUGUGCUCUAGCCUUUCGCAACAUUCAGUGCUGGUCACAGUUGUAUGGCAUGUGCAGUCUGUGUGCAUAGAUUGUGUAUAACAAGAAAAAUAAACUAAUCUGUUUCAAAGAAUGCA